AAUGUGUUAAUCUGUGGUCCAUGGAACUGGAAUGUUUUUACUCGGGUUUUUCUAACCAAACAGUAAAGAAAAACAACUGGACUAGAAUAGUUUAUAACUAGUAGGAAUAGAAAAGGCUUCAAAAAUGGGAUCUCGUCAAAUCACAGAAAAAUCUCUAGUGAUGCUACGAUCGUUACCGAGGUUGUCGUUAGCCAAUAUUCGUGAUAAUCCUGGAUCCAAGCAUUAUCCUAAGCGGGGUCGUGGUCAACAUUCUGGUGAUAAGCACGGAGCAGGCAAUAAAGGUUCAGGUCAAAGACAAAACUAUAUGAGACUUGGUUAUGAGACUGGCAAUAAUCCUUUCUAUUUAAGAAUGCCUCACGAACCUUAUUAUAGAGGUCAUCAUCAUAGGAGGGAGUAUCCACCAAUAUCGCUUCUUGAAAUACAGAAAUUAAUAGACACUAAUCGUAUAGAUAUCACCAAACCUAUAGAUAUAGCAAGUAUUGUUAAAUCAGGACUUUAUCGUUUUUUUCCUGAUCAAAAGCAUUUUGGAAUAAACUUGACUGAUGAAGGUGUUGAUCUUUUUGCCACAAAAAUAAAUAUAGAAGUCCAAUGGGCUAGUGAACUAGUUAUUGCUGCUAUAGAGAAAAAUGGUGGAGUUAUUACAACUGCUUAUUAUGAUCCACACAGCUUAUUCCUUCUUAAAAAUCCAAAGAAAUUCUUUGAAACAGGCCAAGCUAUACCUAGAAGAAUGAUACCACCACCUGAUGUUAUUGAAUACUAUACUAGUGCUGAAAAAAGAGGUUACUUGGCCGAUCCUGAAAAAAUCUCUCAAGAAAGAUUAAGAUUAUCCCAGAAAUAUGGGUAUGAAUUGCCAAAAUUAGAAACUGAUCAAUAUUUCAAUAUGUUAUGUGAAAGAAAAGACCCCAGACAGAUAUUUUAUGGUCUAGAACCUGGGUGGGUUGUAAAUCUGAAAGACAAAUGUAUUUUGAAACCUAGAGAUGAAGAAUUACUACAAUUCUAUGCUUCAUAAUUUAAUUUACUAGUAUUUUAAGGUAGGUAUGUACAAUUCAGAAUUUUAAUUUAAUAAAAUCUUAAAAAAAGUUUU